AUGGUCCUCAUGCUCGUCGUCAAGAACUCGGCGCCCGUGCUCAAGACGGUCGGUCAUCAAGCCCGUGGCAUGGCUACCGAGAAGCAGAUCCUCCAGCGUAUCACAGGCACGUCGAACAUCGCCAAGAUCACCAAGUCCAUGAAGAUGGUGUCAGCUGCUAAAAUGCGCGGCGCUGAGAACCGCAUGAACGCCGGUCGUCCAUUUACAGCCUGGCUGGACAAUGUCCAAGGCGGUCGGGACCGCACCAUUGAGACGGACGGCCUGGCGCCCCUGGAAGAGCUCGAGGGCGACAAUGUCUUUAUUGUCGUGUCGUCCGAUCGUGGUCUCUGUGGAGGCAUCAACUCGGGCAUUGCCAAGACGGCUCGCAAACAAGUGGCGGACGUCCCGGACCAGUCGCAGAUCUUUGUCAUUGGAGACAAGGCCCGUGCCCAGCUGCGUCGUGACCUGGGCGAGCGCAUCCGUGGCAACGUGACGGAGACGUACCAGUCGCCACCGAACUUUACCGUGGCCAGUGCCGUUGCCGAGGCUGUGAUCGCCUCGUCGCCUCAUCCCGAGUCGGAGAAGGUGCAUGUCGUGUACAACAAGUUCAAGUCGGCCAUCUCGUACUUGCCGUCGGUGCGCUCGCUGGCAGUGCAGCCGGACUCGGACGCGUUUGACCUGUACGAGAUGGAGCCGGACAACAAGGACGAGCUGCUUGCGGACCUCAAGGAGUUUGAGAUUGCGACGGCCAUUUUCCACGGCAUGCUCGAGAACUCGACGAGCGAAGAGUCGUCGCGUAUGGCGGCUAUGGAAAACGCCACCACGAAUGCGGAGGACCUCAUUGGUUCGCUCACGCUCGUGUACAACAAGGCUCGCCAGGCUCGUAUUACCACGGAGCUCAUUGAGAUCAUUUCGGGUGCCGCUUCGUUGGACGGGUAA